UGACCUGAGCCAAAGGCAGAGGCUUUAACACACUGAGCCACCCAGGUACCCCAAAUUUUGGUGUUUUUGCCACACAGAUGACCAGUGGUGGUAUAUUAGUGAAGGGUAAGACCUUCUGUGCAGGGUUUUCUUACAGGUAAAAGGUCACCAGUUUCUUCCAUUGAGAAUCAUGGCCAUUGUGAGCCCCUGUUGUUUAUGGAGUAUGCUCUAUUAUUUAUGUUUAUUGGAGUGGAAAAUGUUGAGGGUCACUAUGUGAAACACAGGUCAUUUGAAGCUUCUCCCUAUAGAAAAUGGACUGCCCCAGGGUUCCUCUUUCUAGAAUGUGGAAGGUGGCUUAACCUGGGGAAAUUUACAUAGAGAACUGAUGGGAAAAUGAGCCACAAGUUUCCAUCCUAUGCCCUUUGCUGUUUCUGGGCUCUUUGUCAGGACCUAAUAGAUCUGAGUAGCACUAAAAGCCUGGCUAGGAUGACUAUGGCGUGAAGAAGGAGUGUACUGGGGGCAGAAAUGUAGUAAUCCUUUUCCUGCUGUGUGCAAUAGAAUAGCACACCACCAAAAAAUGUAUCCCAGUGAAGCAAUGGGGCCCAUUCACCAAGUGGGCUAAGAGGCAUCAUGAUGAAGAAGUAUAUUGGGUUCUGAUGGACGGCAAGACUUGCCAUGUGCUCAGGAAACUCUUUUAAGAGCUACUUUCUCUCCAGAUUACUGUUACAAUAGCCUCCAGGUGAAAUGCCAUCCUUCCACACUACUGAUGUCAGCUGGAGUGGAAUGGGGGUGGACACAGAGCAUUCUGGGACCCUUGUCUCUCAGAGGUAAUGACAACAGAGUACUGACGAAAGCUAUCUCCCUGAAGCAGGAAUUGCCGUGGCUGAGUAGAGUUCACAGGGAUGGACGCUACGGUAAGAUAACUGAAUUUAUUUUGUGCUUUAUAGCACACAGUUUGUAACGGUUUCUGUAUCUACUAUAUUACUCCUAAAACAGUCCUUCAGGUCAGCAGGGCAGGCUUGAAUACAAACACUUUGUAGAUACAGAAACUAAGUCUCAAAGGGACAUGCCUAGAACUAUACAGUUACAGAACCAAGACUUAAACUGGGAGUGUGGGUUUCAAGGUCAAGACUCUUGGGUUUUGCUAAAUUGCUAAAAGGCAACCCGAGCCCCAGGAUUCUGACAUUAGUUGCCCUUAUUAACUGGGAAUUCAGGAAAAAGCAAGUGCCAUAGAUAACCAUACUUAGGACUUCCUGAGUAAGACUAAACCACCCAGGAAUGCCCAGCAUCUUUUGAGAAAAUUUCUCAAGCUUGUUGUAUAACCUGUGCUCCCCCGGGGUAUUAGUGGGUUAAUCUACACAUGUAGGGUAGGCUCAAGAUUGAGCAGGGAAGAAUAAUGCUUUCUGGGUGAGUGACCGUGAGUAAAGCAGUCCAGCUCUGGCCUUAAGGUCACAAGGGUGUGGGUCCUGUCACAUUAUGAACUUCUUUGAGUCUAUCCAAACUCUUAUUGAUCACAAGCCUCUCUCUCAGAAUAUAAAAUUAUCUCCCAAGGAAUCAGAAACCAUCUCCUGUUCCUCUCAUCAUUUCUUUGACCUAUACUGCUAGCUUCCUGUUCAUUACCUCUGUCCUAAUGUUCAGUUUUUCAAGCCAAGGGUCCUUUUGCAAUUGUUUGAAAGCCUUGUUCGUUCACCAUCUGCUGAUUUCACACAAAAUGAUCUUUCAUCUUCCCAAAGAAAACAAGCAUCUUGCAAUGUCUAAUUGCUGCCAAAAGAUAGAGAUGAAGCUCUUCCAUCCAGGGAAGCUCCCAGGGAGGUCUGAACUCUAGCCCAGACAGCGUUAGGUCCCUAACAGUAUCUGGGCCUGGGGUAAGAGAGCUGCUGCUUCUCCAACCCUUUCCUGGGGGUUGGAGAGCACAUAUUUUCCAAGGACCCGAGGCCAGCCUUGGGUUGUCUGGGAUCAAGAUCUCUUUAGGGGGACCACACAGGACUGGUGACUUCCACUGGGCUGGUAUUUUACUGAGGGUGAGGUGGGCUUCAGUUGAGUGGGGCACUAGAGUGGCCUAGAUGGGGAAGCAGCAGCGGGGAGAGAGCGCAACACCCACUGCAGCCAUCUGUGAGGAGGCGGUAACCCCCUGCCCCUGUGAGGCCAGUGCCAUUCUGGGCCACAGCACAUGCCUGUAGGGGAGCUAGGGCAAGGGAUCAGAGGCCGGAGCAGGGCCUAGGCAGGGACGUGCUGGGGUUACAUACACCUGAGAUUGAAAAGAAAGCAAAUCAGCUCAGAUACCUCUGAGAGUUCCAUUUUGUGCCCAUGCUUAAGAGUCCUCAGUCUAGUACUAAGAGCCCUAAGAUGAAAUUGUCAGUUAAGCUGGAUCCAGACAUCCACUCCUUUUCAGGAGUCCCAAGGCACACUGUCCUUGCCCUUUGCUCUUUGAUGCAUUCUCCCAGUCAGGGUUUAGGCUCUUCCCUAGGCUGUGCCCCACACCCUUAAGGAAUACCUUCCUGUCAGUGUAGUUCCCUCAUAAGCCAUAUGAGGGCAGACCUCAGAAGGAUACAGAUAAUCUGGAAGUCCGAAGUGCCCCCCUCACUGCCCACCCCCACCUCAACAACAGUCGGAGACCCUGACCCUGAAGUGUCUAAAACAGAGGCUCCUCCUGCAACUAGCUUUUCCCCUGGCUGUAGGGGUUGAGUGAGGGAGGGGAGCCCCCCUUCUCCACCCCACCAGGGGACAGCUCAAGGUGAGACAUUAAAGGAGCCUCAGAUGCCAUUGAAUGAGCCUGGAAAAGAGGCAGCAUUUUCUAGUUUCCUUCCCCUAGCCUUGGUCUGCAGCCCAAUCCAUGUCGGCCCUUUCAGGAGCUUUUAGUGGAAAUUAGCCCAGACCUACCGAGGAGUCUGCCAGCACCUCCCACUGCUCUUUCAUCUCCUCUUCUGACUGGGACGACCCCCUACCAGGCCCCUUCUGGAAGCUACCGUCCUCUCCCCCCAGCACUGGCCUCUCUCACCCCUCCUUCCUUCCACCCCAGUCUCCACAUCUCCCUCCCAGUCAUCUCUUUCACCUGCCAAAGCCCUGCCUCACAGCUCCCUCCCAGCCCAUUUCUUGAAGCUAGAGGAAGAGCGAGAGCGAGAGCGAGCCCCUGACAGGACUGAUAGCCAUUCCCCACCCUUUCCUCUCUGCCCGCUCCCCCCAGGGGGUGCAGAUGCCCGCUACAAAAGGCAGGAAGCAGAGUCUUCCUGAGACCAGCUGCUCUCUAGCUCCUUUGCCUUCUGCUGGCUAGACUGGGAUGCAUCUUUGCUCCUUCUUUCUUCAGAUGACAGUGGAUUCCUGAGGUGCCAGGCCCCCUACCUCAUUCCCCAUGAAUGCUGUGGAAAGUCCAGAGGGGCAAGAGCUCCAAAAGAUGGGGAGUGGAGCCUGGGACAACCCUGCCUACAGUGGUCCCCCAUCCCCACAUGGGACACUGAGGAUCUGCACCAUCUCCAGUGCGGUGCCUCCCCCGCCCCAACCCAAAAAGCCUGAAGAUGGACCCCAGGAGAAGGCAUAUAGGACCCCGAUAUCCAGCUGCUGCUUCCAGAUCUGUCGUGGCAUCAGAGGACUUUGGGGAACAACCCUGACUGAGAACACAGCUGAGAACCGGGAGCUUUAUGUCAAGACCACCCUCAGGGAGCUGCUAGUAUACAUCAUGUUCCUGGUGGACAUCUGUCUUUUGACCUAUGGAAUGACAAGCUCCAGUGCCUAUUAUUAUACCAAAGUGAUGUCCGAGCUCUUCUUACAUACCCCGUCAGACACCGGAGUCUCCUUCCAAGCCAUCAGCAGCAUGGCGGACUUCUGGGACUUUGCCCAGGGCCCACUACUGGACAGUUUGUAUUGGACCAAAUGGUACAACAACCAGAGCCUGGGCCAUGGCUCCCACUCCUUCAUCUACUAUGAGAACAUGCUGCUGGGGGUUCCAAGGCUACGGCAGCUGAGGGUCCGCAAUGACUCCUGUGUGGUCCAUGAGGACUUCCGUGAGGACAUCUUGAGCUGCUACGACGUCUACUCUCCAGACAAGGAAGAGCGUCUCCCCUUUGGGCCUCUCAAUGGCACAGCGUGGACAUACCAUUCACAGGAUGAGCUGGGGGGCUCUUCUCACUGGGGCCGGUUGACAAGCUACAGUGGAGGUGGCUACUAUCUGGACCUUCCAGGAUCUCGGCAGGCCUGUGCAGAGGCACUCCAGGACCUUCAGGAGGGCCUAUGGCUAGACAGGGGCACUCGGGUGGUCUUCAUCGACUUCUCAGUCUACAAUGCUAAUAUAAAUCUUUUCUGUGUUUUGAGACUGGUGGUAGAAUUUCCAGCUACAGGAGGUGCCAUCCCAUCCUGGCAAAUUCGCACAGUUAAGCUGAUCCGCUAUGUCAGCACCUGGGACUUCUUUAUCAUUGGCUGUGAAGUCAUCUUCUGCAUCUUCAUCUUCUACUAUGUAGUUGAGGAGAUCCUGGAGCUCCAUAUCCACCGGCUUCGUUACCUCAGCAGCAUCUGGAACAUUCUGGACCUGGUGGUUAUCUUGCUAUCCAUUGUGGCUGUGGGCUUCCACAUAUUCCGAACCCUUGAGGUGAAUCGGCUGAUGGGGAAGCUCCUGCAGCAGCCAAACAUGUACGCUGACUUUGAGUUCCUCGCCUUCUGGCAGACACAAUACAACAACAUGAAUGCUGUGAACCUCUUCUUUGCCUGGAUCAAGAUAUUCAAGUACAUCAGCUUCAACAAAACCAUGACACAGCUCUCCUCCACGCUGGCCCGCUGUGCCAAGGACAUCCUGGGCUUUGCUGUCAUGUUCUUCAUUGUUUUCUUCGCCUAUGCUCAACUCGGCUACCUGCUUUUUGGAACCCAAGUGGAAAACUUUAGUACUUUCAUCAAGUGCAUUUUCACUCAGUUCCGGAUCAUCCUUGGGGACUUUGACUACAAUGCUAUCGACAAUGCCAACCGCAUCCUGGGACCUGCCUACUUUGUCACCUAUGUCUUCUUUGUCUUCUUCGUGCUCCUGAAUAUGUUCCUGGCCAUCAUAAAUGACACAUAUUCAGAGGUCAAGGAAGAGUUGGCUGGACAGAAGGAUGAGCUGCAACUUUCUGACCUCCUGAAACAGGGCUACAACAAGACCCUACUGAGGCUGCGUUUGAGGAAAGAGCGGGUUUCAGAUGUACAGAAGGUCCUGCAGGGUGGGGAGCAGGAGAUCCAGUUUGAGGAUUUCACCAACACCCUGAGGGAACUCGGUCACGCAGAGCAUGAAAUCACUGAGCUCACAGCCGCCUUCACCAGGUUUGAUCAAGAUGGGAAUCACAUCCUGGACAAGAAAGAGCAAGAACAAAUGCAACAGGACCUGGAGGACAAGAGGGUGGCCCUCAACGCUGAGAUUGAGAACCUGGACCGGUCUAUUGCUAGUAGCCCACCAGGCGAGUCGGGUCCAGAGGCUACCAGAGCAGGUGGCUGGGUUUCAGGAGAAGAAUUCUACAGACUCACAAGGAGAGUUCUUCAGUUGGAGACUGUCCUGGAAGGAGUCAUGUGCCAGGUGGAUGCUGUGGGCUCAAAAUUAAAGAUGCUGGAGAGGAGGGGGCAGCUAGCUUCCUCCCCAGGCACGGGGGAUCAAGACAUUUGGGAACAACAACAGCCGACCCCAGCUGUGACUCCAGACCCCUGGGGAGUCCAGGGUGGGCAGGAGAGUGGUGUGGGAGGGGGCCUAAAGCAUCAGACAGCAGGCUCCUCUCUCAUUGCCUCUCCAGAGACAUCAUCAGGACAUGUCCUCCACUUCUAGGGCAGCAGUUCUCUCCACUGCUACUGCUGAGUCCCACCCCAUGUUUGGCCUUUUGAACCAACAUUUCUACAUGUAGCUCAUAUCAUGUUUAGUAGCUUGUGACUCAGUGUUUCUGUGUACAGUCAUGUAGCUCAGUGCAGCUCUUUGAAGUAACAUUUCCCACUGGGCCCCUCAGUCCCUGUGCUUCCAGCUCUACUGUGAUGAAAAA